GAUUAGAUAAGCGCCGCUUGCGUGCCCUUGCUACAGCUGCUUGAACGGCGACUCGACCUCGUUUCUGCGACGUCGGGAACAUGGCGGGGACUGCAGGCCAGGUUAUCAAAUGCAGAGCGGCUGUUGCCUGGGAAGCAGGAAAGCCUCUUUCUAUUGAGGAAGUAGAAGUUGCUCCCCCAAAAGCUCAUGAAGUUCGAAUCCAGAUUGUGGCCACUGCUGUCUGCCACACGGAUUCGUACACCCUGAGAGGUUCUGAUCCAGAGGGGCGCUUCCCAGUUAUUCUUGGCCACGAAGGGGCUGGCAUUGUGGAGAGUGUUGGAGAAGGAGUGACCUCCUUCAAAGCAGGUGAUCGAGUGAUUCCUCUUUACAUGCCACAGUGUGGGGAAUGCAAGUUUUGCCUGAAUCCCAAGACCAAUCUCUGCCAGAAGAUCAGGGUGACCCAGGGCCAGGGUCUGAUGCCGGAUAAGACCAGCAGAUUCACCUGUAAAGGCCAGCAGCUUUACCACUACAUGGGGACUAGUACCUUCUCUGAAUACACGGUUGUUGCAGACAUUUCUCUGGCGAAGAUAGAUGACGCAGCUCCAUUAGAUAAAGUUUGUCUGCUAGGCUGUGGUAUUUCCACAGGCUAUGGAGCUGCACUCAACACAGCCAAGGUCGAACCGGGCUCCACCUGUGCUGUAUUUGGACUCGGCGGGGUGGGUCUCGCGACCAUCAUGGGAUGCAAGGUUGCAGGCGCCACCCGGAUCAUUGGUGUCGAUGUCAACAAGAGCAAGUUUGCAAAGGCUAUGGAGUUUGGUACGACAGAAUGUGUGAACCCCAAGGAUUACAGCAAACCUAUUCAGGAAGUUUUGAUCGAACUAACUGAUGGGGGAGUGGACUAUUCUUUUGAGUGUAUUGGCAACGUCGUUACUAUGAGAGCUGCCCUGGAGGCCUGCCACAAGGGCUGGGGAACCAGUGUCAUCAUUGGUGUGGCACCUGCCGGCCAGGAAAUUGCAACACGUCCCUUCCAGCUGGUGACUGGUCGUGUUUGGAAAGGAACUGCAUUUGGAGGAUGGAAGAGUGUAGAGAGCAUCCCCAAGCUGGUGAAAGAAUACCUGGAUAAGAAAUUAAAGGUGGAUGAGUUUGUGACUUUCACGCUCCCAUUUAAGCAGAUCAAUGAGAGCUUUGAACUGAUGCAUUCUGGCCAGAGCAUUCGAAGUGUCCUCACGUUUUAACGUUGGGCCAGGCAGGACCCAUUUCUUCAGUAUGGAAAGAAACAUUUUGAAAAUUGCCUUAAUUUACUUUUGAUACUCUUCAGCAUAUUUUAAUAUUGCUAAAUCAUCUGUUUCAGAAUGUCUGUACUGUUAAACGAAUUGUUAACUGUUUAACUUGGGCACUUUUCCAAAUUAAAGCAACUUGUCAAGAUAAUUUGUUGCCUAUGUUCUGGGAGUUUAGAUAAUAUCAAAUGCAAAGUUUCUGCCUAAUUUCAAUAUUUGUAAAGUGUUACAUAUAGAGGUUCUCUCUCAGUGCUAAAUAGAACACUACAACACAGAAACAGGCCCUUCAGCCCAUCUAGUCCAUGCUGAACUAUUGAUCUGCCUGCUAGCGCUAUCGCCCCACACCAGAACCAUAGCUCUCCAUAUCCCUCAUAUCCAUGUAUUAUCCACAUUUCUUUAAAUGUUGAAAUAAAACUUACAUCCACCACUUCCGCUAGCAGAAAAAGCCUGCUUGUAUUUACUCUAUCUAUGCCCCUCAAUUUUAUAUACCUCUAUCAAAUCUCCCAUCAUUUUUCUGCAUUCUAGGAAUAAAGUCCUAACCAAUUUAACUUUUCAAAAUGCCUCAGGUCAAGUCCUGGCACCAGCCUUGUAAAUCUUCUCAGCACUCUUUCCUGAAGUAGGUAGCCAAAAUGCACACAAUUCUCCAAAUUAGGUCUCACCAACAUCUUAUACAACUUCAACAUACCAUCCCUACUCCUGCACUCUCCACUACAUUAAUUUACAAAGGCUAAUGCGCCAAAACUGCACUCCUCAGUGCCCUUUAGCUCACUGUGUAAGACCUAUCCUGGUAUGUCCUUCCAAAGUGCCACACCUCAUACUAUUUGCAUUAAAUUCCAUCUGCCAUAUUUCAUCCCCUUUUCCCAGCUGAUCCAGAUCCCACUGCAAGCUCUGAUAGUCUCCCUCACUCUCCAUUACACCCCCAAUCUUGAUGUCAUUCACAAAUUUGAUCUAGUUUACCAAAUUAUCAUCCAGAUCGUUGAUAUACAGUAGAUGACAAAGAACAAGAGCCAGCACCAACCUCUGUGGCACGCCACUAGUCAAGUCUACACUCAGAGAAGCAACUAUGUACUACCACUUUCCGGCAUCU